GAGAGCGAUGACUUUCAGUGACCCGAUUGCCCCACCCAUAUCACAAGGUGUACUCACUACGAUUCCUUCUGAUUCCCGAGAAAAUCCCUAUAAAUUCCUUCCCUCUUCCCAUUUCCCAAACUCCAACCCGUCCUUUCUGUACCCAUCUCCCUCCCUCCCUCCUCUCUUGCUUCUUUUACUGCGUGUUCUCACCAUGGAAGAAUUAGAGUUCCAGGAAUCUGAGGUUAUUUUCCCGGAAAGUGUUGCGAAUGGCGAUAACGGCAGCAUCGGCCGCGGUUUAAUUUCAAGAGGUCAGAAGCCGAACAGGAGAAAGGCGUCUAAGAAGAAGAAGAAGAAGAAGAGCUCGGUUCCAGUGAAAAUCCCGGAGAACAUUGCCGGGAACCUGUGGUGUCCGUGCGGGGAUUCGGAUUUCGUCGACGACGGCGACGGGGGGGAGGUGGUGCCGCCGCAUGUGGUGGUGGAGCGGCGGAUUUUGGCCCGGAAAAUGGCGUUUUCGGUGUGCACGGGCAACGGCAGGACUCUGAAGGGCAGGGAUUUGAGCCAAUUUCGAAAUUCCAUUCUCAGGAUGACGGGUUUCCUGGAAGCGUGACCAAAUCGUAGCUUCUUUGUUUUUAUUUAUUUAUUUUUUAUCAGAUUGGGUGGGUUCGCGUUCUCUUAGAACUAGCCAACAAAGUGAAGGAAAAGGAAAAGGAAAAUGCAAGCUUUACGUUGUUUCUAUGUGCUUAAUUGUUGUCCACCGCCCCGAUUAAUUAUUAUAAACAUUAUAAGUUCUUAUUCAUUGAUUUUUCGAAUGAGCAAAGAAAAAAUAAAAAUCAAAUUGAUUACUA